UCCACACCUGUGCAAAGGCUGGGUCGAUGGUUGGCUGAUUAAUUAAUGGUCCCCUUGGUUCGUAACGUAACUAUUAUGGUAUGAACGUUGUUGUUUUCUUCGAUGUUUACAGGCGUGUCCACUUGAAUCAUAGAUUUUUUUCAUUUUUCCGCGCUUUUCCACGAUGCAACUGUGAUUCUAGUGAAUCUUUAAUGUGUCUUCCUUUACCUGCCAACCGCAUACGGACCUAAAACAGGUUGUGACUACGUGUUUGUGUGAGUGGAAGCCAAUUGCAAUCGCCGACUCAAUGGUCGACCGUCGAUACGACGACAAAAUUAUGAAGAAGCGAUCAUUGGCAGGCAGCGUUGCUAUUGGAUUUGUCCUGCUGACUUUCAUCCUAAUCGCAGUGUCGUUUUCCACCCCCAGCUGGCUUGUCUCGGACUACCGGAUAACCGGAGCCCGACUGGAUCGCUUCGGUCUAUGGACGCACUGCUUCAGAUCGCUUCCGGACCCAGUCGACAUCAACCAGCGAAGAUUUUUCGUCGGUUGCCGCUGGAUUUACGACCCCUUCACAACCGGUUAUGAUCAGAUCCGUGGCUUCCUGGUGCCGGCAUUUCUGGUGGCCACUCAAUUUUUCUUCACCGUGUGCUUCAUAGCGGCUCUGCUCAGCGCCAUUCUGACUCUGUUGUAUUUCUUGUGCUGCGGCCCGGACAUCAAACACUACGUCACUCUAAUCAAGCUCAACGCCUGGAUUCUGCUGGUAGGCGGCUUGGCUGGAGGAAUUGCCGUUGUUGUUUUUGCGUGUGAAGCGAACAAGGACAACUGGAUGCCAGGCCACGAUAACAAUUUCUUCGGGUGGUCCUUCGCACUGGCCUGUAUCGGUGCGGUGGCAGCAUUAGUUGCGUCCACCCUGUUUUUCGUUGAGGGAUACGUGCAGCAAAGGAAACGAAAGCAGCUGAAGGACUCACAAAUGAGGUUUGAAAUGGAACAUGAAAAAAUUUAAAAGACCCUCUUAUGUGGAAACAGUGGCCUUAUUGUUGAAACGAAUCUCCUGAUUUUCUUUAGUAUUAAGCGUUUUUUCUAGAAUUUUUAAACUGCUGAUGUACAUGACGCGACUUUUUUGAGUUGUAUACAUGUUAAUUGCGUAACACCCAAACAAUUUAUCUAGAAUAGUACCUACCUAGUUUAACUGUAAAUUCCGUCCAUAUUUACCUGUAAAUCAGACAGGGUAGAACGCACAGGGAAUAACGAGUUAAUUUUUCGAACGAACCAUUCCAUUGAGUCAUAAAUACGUAUUUAAGUAGAUUUUAAGUACAACAGGCCCCAACCUUUUGUGUUGAAAAUUUACAUUCUUGUACGUUGUGAACUGAGCGAUUAUAAAUUCCUGAUUAACAAUUACCGAUUUAGAUUUAUGUUUUUUUUGUACCAGUAUUUUAUAUCUAGAUAUUGUAUGUUUUUUUGUACCUUGAACUUAAUCAUUAAUAAAUACAUGAUGGUACACUA